AUGCGGCGUCAAUCACUUAAAUCUAUAAUUUUCACUGUCACCUCCCUUGCUGUCUCCGGCUGUGCCUUACCAAAUUUGAAUCCGCCAUUACCUACUCACGAGGCUACUGAUGCCACUCGGGUCUCCAAUGACACCCACAGAAAACCAAUUGCGAUAAAUACUGACAGUGACACAAACAAUCAAGUAUCUAUUUACACCAAAGAUGAGGAACCUCCAUACGCCGUUCUUCUAGUGCAGUCCUUACCCUCUUCUUACAAAAUCACGCUCCCUAUCUCUACCUGUCUUCAUAUCACUGGGAAUACGGAUCUUAGCGCCAAAGAGAACCCCAUUUGCCCUGAUGGCCAAAAACCUUACACCCUGCUCCUGCUCUUUGACACAGCUUAUUGUGUCGGUCAACCUCGGCAUACAUUGGAAGGAGUGAAUCAAAUGCUUAACGUGGGUAUUUGGAUACCCACUGAGCCCAUAAGAUGGGUUGAGAAAUGGUUCAUUAUGUACAAAUGUGCUCGCAUCAAAAGAGACAUGCUACAUAGCCUCGCAGAGACAAAGGGUGUUCAAACUCUGGACGCUCGCCGCAUUCGAACUAUCGUAUAUCCUAUUAUCAACGAUAAUGAAGUGGGUCUCACUUGGAAUCCUCCACCCGCAGGUAUUCUUGGUCCGCAAGUAGGCAAGCUUCCCGAGGGGUUCUGUCUUUGGUCCUCUUCUCCGGAAUAUGCUAAUGUUACCCGUCUCAUGCGUUCACUUAAAUGCCCUGUACGUCAAAAGUCAUACAUGCACCUUUUCACUCAACGUGAAUGUCGUGGUAAAUAUGUUCUCUCUGAUAGUUUUGGAUGGAAUGCUACGCUUUUUGAUGAGGUCGUGGAGGAGUGGUCGAUUUUGUUUACAUGCUCCGACUAUGAGUACGCAGCAGGAGAUAGAGAGCCUGCGAUUGAGGAAAUGCAAGAAUUGAAAUUUGGGGAUGCAGAAGAAGAAAUAGCCGCCAUAAAAUCACAUUUCACAAAAGUUAAACUCCCCGCAGCACAUCAAAUAUCUGCUAAUCCACAAAACGCAACUCUCGCACUAACUCAAACAUUCCAUCCACAAAUCUUCCAAAUCCCACUCUCAACCUGCCUGUCAUCCACCUCAGAAACCCACAAAUUCUCCUCCAUUGUUCGCAUCGUCACUCCACCUACAUGUCCACCAGAACUACCGAAACUAUGGACUUUAUUGUAUGCCAAGCCAGGAUGUCUUGACCUUCGUCGCUACUCGCCUACGGAGCACAGCUACCCCCUUUAUAGAUCGCUGUUCGAAAAUAUUUCUAGGGCUAAUCCAAGGGUAGAUGGCUGGUCACUGGGGUUUGUAUGCCAUCCGACCCAUUUUAAUGGUCCUUUCAAUCCUAAAAUCUGGAAGAUGGACACGGAAAUGGAGUUGAUUUUGGAAGGAAAGGGGAGGGAUGCUGCUGUGAAGGUUGUGAGGGCCGGGGCUGGCGAAAGGAGUGAAGAGGGGUUAACAGAAGGUAUGCAGCUCGAAAGCCAUAUGAAGAUAGAAGCAGCAGCGCAAAAACCACUCAAAGAUGUGUGA